GAAAAAUACCUGUGUUCUUUUCACUCUCAGCUGUUUCACAUUUAGACACUAGUGUGUAACUGCCAGCGAGAGAACAGGCAGUUGGAAUGUAAAGCUCAUGGGGGUUUCAAUGAGUGCUUUUUGCCAAAGCUCCUCUUAUUGAUAGCAGGAUGGAAACCUUCCUAAAGAAACACUUCAGCUGGCUUGGCUGCCUAUGGGAAAAGAUCUGGCCUCAGAGAGAGAGCCAGUUUGUACCAUCUGUAGUCACUGUGUCCUCUGCUACCCAAGUUAGUUCAUAUAUCCCUACUUCAGAGACAAUCACUGUGCUGUAUGACUUUGAAAGCAGAGGUCCUGAGGAGCUCAGUGUGAAACAAGGGGAACAGCUCUGUAAGAUAAGUGAUGAAGGGGAUUAUGUCAUGGCCAGAAAAAUUCAGGAUUCUAUGGAGGCGGGCCUGGUUCCUCUGAACUAUAUUUCCCAAUCUACCUUCGUUAUAAAUCCACCUACCAUCCAAGAACCCUGGUACGUGGAUGUUACAAACCGGUAUGAGGCUGAGAGGCUUCUGUUGUCCCCACCAAAUACUGACGGUUCUUAUCUUGUACGACCCAGUGACAGCAAAACUGGACAGUACUCACUUUCAGUGCGCUCUAGAGACCAAAUCACACAUUUCCGCAUCCAAAUGAAUGACAAAGGGGAGUAUUACCUCCAGACUGGAAGGUGCUUUUCCACCAUUCAAGACCUGAUUGUAUUUCAUAGAACCAACUGGAGGUUGCUAAAUAGCCAAUUGCUGCAGCCGUGUGUCCAACAGGUGAUAUGUGAUAGCUGGGAAAGGCCACGGUCUGAGUUCACACUGAUUAAAAAGCUUGGUGAAGGCUUCUUUGGAGAGGUUUGGGAAGGUACCUGGGUAGGCCGAGAAAGAGUAGCCAUAAAGACCUUCAAACAAGAUGAUAUGAACACAAAUGACUUUGAGUUGGAGAUUAACGCACUGAAAAAUUUACAUCAUCCUAACCUAAUCCAGUUGUUUGCUGUUUGCUCCAUCGGGGAACCCAUCUAUAUAGUUACUGAGCUGAUGACCAAUGGGAAUCUCCAACAUUAUUUGAUUGAUGAAGGCAACAGGUUGAGAAGCGCAGACUUCCUGCACAUUAUUAGUCAGGUGGCUAAUGGUAUGGCUUAUCUAGAAACCGAACACAUAGUACACCGAGAUCUGGCUGCUCGCAAUGUCCUAGUGGGAGACAACCUCAUCUGCAAAAUUGCUGAUUUUGGAUUAGCCAGAUUGCUCAAGGAUGACCUCUACUCUCCAAAAAGUAACAGAAAUAUCCCAAUAAAAUGGACAGCUCCAGAGGCUUUGAAGUUCUACAAGUACUCUAUAAAAUCAGAUGUGUGGUCCUAUGGGAUUCUACUAUAUGAGGUAUACACAUUGGGCCAGCAGCCAUACAAAGGAAUGACUAAUCGUGAAGCUGUAGAAAAUAUCUCAAGUGGGUAUAGACUUCCUCGUCCCCCAAUUUGCAGCAAGGAUGUUUACAACGUGAUGUCAUCCUGCUGGUUGGAUGAACCUCAACAUAGGCCUAGUUUUCAAGAGCUUGUGAAGAAGAUCUCCAUUAUUCAACAGUCAACCCGGUGAUCACCUAUCUUGUAAAUUCAACAGGAAUUUACAGCGUUCUGCAGUCUCCAUUCAACUACAUAACUGAAAUUAAGACAAUGCACUUUUUGUACCUGUACAAGGCCUCGGUAUUUCAUAUUGGAAGGAAGGCCUAAGAUACAUUUUAAAGACCCUCUUAUACCUCAAAACAAUGUGAGGAUUGUUGAAAUUUCAGUGAACUUUAAUAGCAAUUGCUAUUUAAAAAUAAAUAAAUAAGUUGCUAUUGGAGAAGAGCAUCUUUUUCAUUACCAAAACUUUGAUUAUCUGUAAUAAGUGUAUGGUGUAUAGACCUGGCAAUAAUUAAAUGCAUUUUCUCAUCUAAGGUUUCCAUUAAAAAUAAUCAUAUUGUAUUUGAAUUGGAAGUUUAAAGUACACUAUUUAAUAUUUAUUUUAUCACAAAUCUUAAUGUAUGUCCAAUACGUUAAGUGAACAUUAACAGUGUAUGGAUUUAGAUGCUACAUAUUGCCCCGUGUUUCUGGUGAGCCUUAAGGCUCGGCAGAAACACACGUUAUGAAGCAGCGGUCUGAAGACCGCUGCUUCAUAACCUGUCUGCCUGCUCUGAGGCGGUGGACAGACAUCGCCGAAAAUCAACCCGAUUCAAUACCAUUGGGUUGAUUGACACCCCCUGCUGGUGGCAUAUUGGCCAAAAAUCUGAAGGAUCAUGUCCGCUCGCACCAUAAUAAAUAAAUGGGCCUGAUGAUGAUCUAAAGCUCUCCGUUCUGGUGAGAUUAUCUAAUAAGUACUAUGUGGUCCCUUUAAUACAUUUAUAAUGGAAAAUACUAGCUUGAGAUCUGUUUAUCUGGAUAUGCAGGAUUCUGGAUCUGAAGGAGACACACAUACAUUACAAUAUAAUGCUAAAAAAAAUUCCCAAAUAUUUUGAGUAAUUUCUCUCCAUGCCGGUGACCUUUUGAUUAUCAGGUCAUUUGUGUUAAUGACUGUACUUCUUCAAUAUGGACCUCAUUCCUCCCACAGCUAUUGGUUUUGACUACAUAUUUUUAUUAAUUUUAUUGACUUGUGCAUGAUUAUGCAUGUUGUUAUUAAAUUAACACAAGGCUGUCUAGACAAAGCCUUCUAAAAACAUGUACCAACAAACUGUCAUAUACAAAGGAUGUGCCCAAUAGAAACUGUCAAAUAAUAUGUGAACUAAAUAAAUAUUCAAAGUCUA